UGUUCCAUUUUCAGAGGAAACUAUUAUGAAGGUUUAGAAGACAAGAUUCUGCUUGCUGCUGAAGUAAAAAAAAAAAUCUUUAUAAACAAGAUCUUGAAGUUCAAGUGUAACAUCACUAAUUUUGUUUUUAGAACAAGCUAAAAGCUCUCAUUUUGGAAGACAAAAUGAUUGUGGGUGGGGGUUUUUACUUAAUGUUAGAAAAAAUUAUAUAAGUCAUUUUUGCAGGCCAAUUAAUAUUCACAUUUGUUGCUUUUAAUGGUAGUAUUCUAUUUUCAUAGUAAGCUUAUGUGAAUUGAGGAAAGACAUAAAGUGCUUGCAAAGAUCAGGGAUUUAAUUGAUGUAAAAAUAUGUGUUCUGAUUUGAUGAACAAAUGAUAUUAAGAUAUCCCUGAAAUAAAAUUUGGUUUCUAGUCUUUGAAUAGCCACUCUAAUCCAGAAUAGCAUUCAGUUUUCUGGUGUGAUCUGACCCUUUCUUUUUCCUGUGUUGACUCUUUUUAUUAAAAUACUGAGUAUUUAUUUAAAAUGACAAAGAAAUUACAACUAGAAUAAUACCCCAUAUUUUUUUUAUGUAUUUGGAUCUUUUCUGCUUACAAAAAAUACUUUUAUCAUGAACUGUGGAAAUACUUUUGUGGAAACUCUUAAGAAAAUUGGAUAUCCAAAAGCUGAUGAGCUUGAUGGAGAUGAUUUUGACUGGCUGUUUGAGUUUUUCGAAGAUAAAGUAUUUCUGGAGUGGUUUUGUGGAAAUGUAAAUGAGCAGCAUGUGGUAUCUGAAAAAGAACUGCAGGAUUUUGAUAAUCUUCUUGAGUCUGGUAAACCCAUUUUGGAAGGAAAUGCACUAGAUGAAGUCCUUAAAACUUUGAAGCCCAUGGAUUCGAAGAACAGUAGCCAAGAGGAGGAGGAGGAAGAAGAGGAACUGAAGAAAUUAGAGGAUGAGCUUCAAGCUCUUCAGAAGUUAAAAAAACUUCAAAUAUAUCGUCAUAAUAAGCUUCAAAUGAUGGUUUCUGUCAAUAGCCAUAUGCUGCAAACAGUAAAAAUCAAAGAAAAAGAGGCACAUAAGGAUUUGAGAAAAGGACUGCAAGUGUUUACUGCAGCAAAUAAUACGCUUAAUAAUGAACUGCUGUCUCUCAUAGAUGCAGCUAAGAAACUGGCCUCUUUCUUCACUGCUUCAGAUUCAGAACAAGGGUCAGGUCUACAGCCAGUGUUUUUUUCCCAACUUCCUUUGGACAAAUAUUUGUCUCAGGAAGAACAAAGCACUGCAGCACUUGCCUCAUACAUGAGAAACCAUUUUUAUCAAGGUAUGUCUGAAUGGGUUGAAAAUUCAGACAAAGGCAGCUUUCAGCUUGCAGAUAGAAGCAAACAAGUCACUUGUGAUGAGACUAAUGAAGUUUGUGAAGAGAGUCAAGAGAUGGUCAGGCUCCAGACAGCAUAUGUUUGUGCUCAAUGUCAGCUAAUGCGGAUGAAAUCUAAAGAGGAGAGCAUGAAUUCAGCUAUAAAAUGUGCAGAGAGGAUGCUGAAGUCCUUAAACAAGGAUUUUGGAAAACAAGAAAACCUUGAUGCCAAAAUAUCUAGUUUAAAUUAUGACAUUUCAACGAUUAAACAAGAUGUAAUUCGGAUGAGCAAUGAAGAGCUACUUCCCCUUCUGAAAGAGAAUGCACAACAUUUGUGCGCGCCAGUGGUGAAAGGGUACUUGGAUUGUCAGAUUGCUCAGCAUGAUAAUUAUGCUUCAAGACAAGAUAAAAUAUGCAAGCACUUGAUAAGACAAAAAGCAUCAUUUGAACUUAUUGAGCUAGCCUAUGAAAUGGAGUUGAAGAAACACAAGGAGAUAUGCUGUCAGCUUGAGGAUUUGGUAAAAUCUCUGGAACAGAGCAGUGAUGAGUUGCAGCAGAGACUACAGGUGAUAACUGAGCAAACUCAACAUGCAAAGCCAAGAAACGUUAUUAGUUCAAAGGAUGGUCUCUCUUACAGGUUAUAUCAGCUUUUGGAAGGAGAAAAUAAACAACAACAAUUGUUUAAAACGUACAAAAGCCUAGAGCAGAUGGCUCGGAAGUUAAAGCAGGACUGUGCUACAGCACAAGAUGAGCUAGCAGCGUCUUCUCAAGAAGAAUCUCUCCUUUUGUCCAAGCUAGAAAGUGAUGUAAAUACCCUUUAUGAUGCUCUGUAUCAUGGAGGAAAUGAGAUCCAACUUAGCAGUCGGGAACUUACUGACCAGUUUCAUCAACUGGAAGUUGAUUUACGUCAACUAAAUCAACUCCUUAUGGAUCUGAUUGCUGAUGUAAAGUCAAAGAGAUCCUUUUUAGCGUCCAGUAAGCUGCAUCAGAUGGAAAGAAACUUGUAUGUGUAUUUUUUAAAAGAUGAAGCCCACUUGAAAGAAGUGGUGGAGAAGCUUGAGCAGCAAUCUGAGGCUAAAGCUAGUGGUCUGGAAGAUUAGAAUUUUACCACUGGUGGAGUUCUUAAUGUUUAAACUUCAGUGUACUCUUAAGAAAGGAAAACAUGUUAAUGUAAACUGUCUACAAGCUUAUAGAAUAAGUAUUGGCUUAUCAAGGCUAACAUUUAUCCAUCGUUGCAAUGUUAUGUUUAACUGCCACCGUUACCAAAUUUGGAUUGUACACUGCUUUAUGGCUUUUGGCACCUGCCCGCCGAGUUCAGAUCUCAGUUUUAUUCAAGUUCUUUGAUAUGAAGUAAUACAUUGGUUAUCUGAAUGAAUUACAUUCAGGCUGCUCUUCUGCUAGCCUGUAUUCUGAUUUCCACUGCACACCACAUAGCAUAAAAAGGAGCGUUUUGUACCCUUGAGAAGUUUUCUUGCAUGCUAAGAACCUUUGAUAUGUGAACUGAUAAAUAAAUAUUCCAGAUUUUGCAACAUGAAUGUAAUGUGCUCAUUCUGAAGAAGAGAGUUCUCCAAGGCAGAUAUUACAUGAUUGUUUCCCUCACAGGUCUCCUAAGAAGAUUUAGUUUUGUUAGAAGUGUGUUGGAAUAUGUGCCAGAAUCUGUUUGAAGUACCAAGGCCAUCUGUUUUAGGACCAUCCUGUUAACUCUUAAUUUCACUUAUGGCCUAUCUUCUCUAUUGAAAUCAGUCCUUACUCAUACUAGGUUCUUCAAAGAAAAAUAAUUUUUAAUUUACCUUUGGGACUUCUGAGUCUGCCCUAUAAUUUAUGAUGAUAGACAUUUCAGUACAGAGUCCUGAUGAUGCUUUCAUACUUCUGCUUUCAUGUGCAUUGUUGACUGUUUAUCAAAUUUUUAUAUAGCUUCUUAAUAUACCAGUGGAACUAAAUAGGCUUUUAUAGUGUAAUUUCAGUCUUUCAUAUUUUGAUGGGAUUAUCUGUGCUUGCUUUCAAGUGUUGUACAUACUGAUGAAGGUUAGUAAAUUAGCUUAAACUUCGGUAACAGCAGUGUUAAAACUAUUUUGAUGGCAGACUUUUAACUUGUGAAUAUAACUUUAUUUUUCAGUGUUUAAAUUUUGUGUUUAACUUAACAGUUGAAUGUCUUAAUUUCUGGAUUUCAUCCUGCUUAACUUUAUACAUUGUGUUUAUUAUUAAAUGCCAAGCACUCUAAAUUCAGUUCAG